UCACUUCUGAGGCAUAACCCACCAGUAGACAGACAUCCCAUGGCUCGGCAGCUUCUAUUGAUGCACCCUCUACCGACCGCAUUUCAACUCGGCCUAGCGGCGAUGACUCUUGUUGUGUGCGCCAUUGCACUGCUCAUGUGUGCUUCGCAUUCCCAUAAAUGGCGUCGCGGAUGGACUGCAUGCUAUGGUUCCAACAAUGGCGAUCCUGUUAUAGAGCUCAACACCGAAGCAACGAUCCUAACUACCGGUGGUGUCCAUGGUAUUCAACGUGGGAAUGGCAGUGAAAGCAUGUUUAGCGGCGAGCUCUCAAUCUGGAAGAAGAACAUACUCAUGGGAGGGAAGUGCCAGCUACCGGAUUUUUCUGGUGUCAUAAUCUAUGACUCCGAUGGGACCAUAGCCCCUGCCAAAACUCCUCGCCCUUUACUCACCUGGAAAUAAUAGAGAUUUAAAACAAAAUGAAUGCUGUAAACUAGAUAGGAUCCUUAUGUUCAAUGUCAUUACAAAGCUUUUUACUACUGCAAAAUUCAAGUCCUACUGCAAAAUUCAAGUCUGUAACCUGUUUCAGGUCCGGUUUCGUUUGUUAAAAUUUUUGCCUUCUGCUUU